AUGUUGGCUGGCGCUCAAAUUCGCGCGUUGCGGCUGCGCUCGAGUUAUAUCGAGAUCUCGAAUAUUCUUCGUGGAAGAUCUGCUUGGCCGACUCCUCGCCAUGGCCAUCUCCGUACGCCGCGGUUGUUCCAUACCCGGAUCUGUCUACUCGAGCAGACUCCCAGGGAGCUUCCUAGCUUCCUAGAAACAUAUAAGAAGGCCGUGGAUUUCCCACCGGCCACUCAUGACUUCGAGUCUUUCCUCUCGCAGGCCGAGCCCAACACCGAAGUCGUGCUGCACGGCUACCUCGGCCACCGAGCAGAUCUCUCCAAGAAGCUAUCCUUUGUGCGCCUGACAGACCCUACCAUGCAACAUAGCCUGCAAGUAAUCGCCUUCGCCAAGAACGAUGCUUUCGACAAAUUGAAGACCCUCAACGCCCACAGCCCCGUCGCAGUGCGCGGAACAGUGCAACGGAAAAAGGGAAAAGGCACGGACCCAUCAGAUAUACCUGCACAAGAUGCGUGGGAGCUCGCGCUCCAGGAAAUCUACCCUCUGAACGACUUCCCCAAGGAGAUUAUCAUGACUACCGAGACUGUGUUCCCUCCCGAGCAACGGUACCUGCAACUUCGUUCUGAUACGGAACUGCGCGAGGCGCUCCGGUUCCGGGCCCGUGUGCAUAAUCUUUGCAAACAGGAGCUAGAGGAACAGUGUCAGCCACCGUUCGUGGAGAUUGAGACUCCGUUGUUGUUCAAGUCGACGCCGGAGGGCGCGCGCGAGUUCCUUGUGCCUACGCGGCGUCCGGGCCUAGCCUAUGCCUUGCCUCAGAGCCCGCAGCAAUAUAAACAGAUUUUGAUGGCGAGUGGUGUGCCGAGGUACUUUCAGUUUGCGCGCUGUUUCCGCGAUGAGGAUCUUCGGGCGGAUCGGCAACCGGAAUUCACGCAGCUCGAUUUGGAGAUGUCAUUUGCCACAGGCGACGAUGUGAUGCGCACCGUUGAAAGGGUCAUCCGCCGGCUCUGGUCUUCAUUGAUGAAAGACCCUGCCCCCGAUGGCCCAUUCCGCAAAGUAUCCUACCAGGACGUCAUGGCCAAGUACGGUUCAGACAAGCCAGACACACGAUACGGAAUGGAGAUCAUCCGGCUUGAGCAUGCACUACCGGUCGACCUCGUCAGCAAGAUCUCUCCACUGCUGGACCCUAUCGUGGAGGCCUUCAAGGUGGAAGGCAAUGACAAUGAUCCCGCGGAAACCACCAAAUUUAUCACGCAAUUCCUAGACUCCCCCGCCGGUGCCCCAUUCAACAACAACCCCGACGGCGGGCCCGGCGUCUUCGUAUACAACGGCAAGCAGCCGCUCUGCGGACUACAGCCAUUCGGCUUCGAAGUCGCCGAGCAAGUCGAGGACCUCUUGGAACCAGACCACGGCGACCUAAUCAUCCUCCAAGCACGUCCGCGCGCACCGUUUUCCGGCGGUUCCACACCCAUCGGAGACCUGCGCCGCUCCCUCCACAGCGCCGCCGUCGCCAGCGGAUUCAAGCCCGCGCCCUCGGGCUUCGACUUUCUCUGGGUCGUCGACUUCCCACUCUUCUCUCCCUCGUCAGACUCUGAACCCGGCCAAGGCGGCACCGCCGGCAUCUCAUCAACACAUCACCCAUUCACAGCCCCCAAGUCCGCCGCCGAAGUCGACCGCCUCCUCACCGACCCCACGCAGGCCGUCGCCGACCACUACGACCUGGUGGUCAACGGCGUCGAGCUCGGCGGCGGUAGUCGGCGUAUCCACAACGCCGCCGUCCAGGAGUUUAUCCUGCGCGAGAUCCUGCAAAUGCCGGCCGAGCGACUUGCGAACUUUGCUCAUCUUGUUGAUGCUCUCCGUGCUGGAUGUCCGCCGCAUGCCGGGUUGGCGCUUGGGUUUGAUCGUCUUGUUGCUGUUAUGCUUGGUAAGGAGUCCGUGCGCGAUGUCAUUGCCUUCCCCAAGACGGGGAAGGGUGGUGAUGAUGCUAUGGUUCGCGCCCCGAGUCCUAUUACCGAGGAGGCGUUGCAGACUUAUCACCUGCGGUUGAGGGAGUAG